GCAGCGUGUCCUCACACCUUGCACUUCAUUACUGCAGGUUCUACUUGGUUUAUUUGAACGCGCACGAGGAGAAACGACGGUUUAGCUGCAGUACAUUCGUCGAUGGACAGCUUAACAGUCGACAGGUGUAAUACUAAUGGUUCGACUUACAGACGAAAAGUUUUAAAUUUACAAAAUGCUAAACCGACUGGGUCUUUGUAGAGCUCUAGUCGUAUUACCUAUCAGACAGACAGUGGUACUGCUAACUAGUACAGAUGUCUGAAAAUGGAACCUUGUGCUUCUGGAUCAGAUUUCGAUAACGAACAAAGAGAAGGUAUGGACCAUAAAAGCAGUUUGGAAGCAGGAACUCAAAGUGACUUGGUAAAACAGCUGGAUGAGAAGUAUUAUAGCUUUGCAAAUGAAAGGGUCAAAGAGAAAGUGAAUUUAGCAAGUGGUGAUGGAGGAGAAGGAGAGAGUGGCCUGCUAUGGGAAAAGACAUUUGAACACAACAUACAUUUAAAUAUCGAUGAUGACAGUGUUAGUUUUGACUUCAGCAAUGUUUAUAAUUCCUACACAUUUCAAAUAUCUGAUGAUACAACAGGGAGUUUUAAUGUAAAUGGUGCUGAAGAUAAUCUGAAUACAUGUGACUUCUUUGCUUACCUUGAAAAAAUUCCUGAACUUGAUUUUAAAACUGAAACUGUUAAUGGGGGUAGUGAUAUUUCGGCAUCCAGGAACAGUAAAUAUGGACAGCCUGAGGAGGAGAGAAUUGUUUCCCAGCAUACACAUUUUAUAGGGACUAAAAUAUCUGAAGAUGCAACUGAUAAUGAACAAGAAGAUUUGCCUUAUGAUGGACAUUCAGAAUACACACACCAGCAUUGUCCUGAAGCAUCUAACCUGCAUUGCAAAAUGGUUUCUACUGAUGGGGCACUGAGAAAAGAUCUGGCCGAUAUUUUAGAUUUAGUGAAAAAAGAGUUACACUUUGCUGAUACUGAAACUGGCCAACAGUCAAAAUUACGAGCAGAUUUUAUGACCAAAGGCCCAUCCAGAACAAACAAAAUUCAUGACCCAAAGUCUCAUGAGACCCAAAAUUCAGUACCACCUUCAGGCAGUGCUACUUCGACUUUGGUGUCCUGCAAGGCAACCACAGACAGAGAUACACAAUUACAGCCUAAGAUUUCAGAUGUUCAACAUCAUGCAAAAGAAAACUUGGAUUUUAGUUCAGUUCAUUUGAGCACGUGUGACUUCCUUGCCUAUCUGGAAGAGGCUUCUGCAUUUGGUACUAAGAAUGAAGCUGUUAAUGAAAGGAGUAAUGUCUCAGCAUCCAGGAAAAGUGAAUGUGAACAGUCUGAAGAAGAAAACAGUGUACUCCAGCAUAUGCAUUUUGUUGGGAGCGAGUUGUGUGAUGCAUAUAAUAAUAAUCAAGAAAAUUUAUGGUGUGAGGGAUAUCCAGAAUAUAUCCACCAGCACUGUCCUGAAAUAUCUCACCUGGAAUGCAAAACAGUGCCUGCUAACAUGACACUGAGAAAAGAUUUGGCUGAUAUUUCAGGUGUAACAGCAAACGAGAUACAAUCUGCUGGUACUGAAAAUGGACAGAACUCAAAACUAGAAACAAUUUUAGUGACUAAUGACUCUUUAAGAACUAAUGAAAGUCAUAGAAAUAACUCUCAUGUAGAUAUAAAGUCAGUGUUACUUUCAAAUGGUGCUGCACAUAAUGCUUCAGAAUUGAUGUCCUGCAAGGCUACUACAGAUGUAGAUCCACCUAUUCAGUCUAAGAUUUCGGAUGUUCUUCUUCGCCAUUUUGCAAAAGAAGAUUUGGUAUUUAGUGCAAAUAAAUAUAUUGACUGUGAGACUAUCCCAGAGAUAUCAUGUUCUGAAAGCAUAGAUGAAACUUUGUUUAGCUACACAGAUGCUUCAAAAUGUAGCAAAAAUACUAUAAGGCUUAGUAGUAAAGCAGAAACCACUCAAAAUAACAUUUCAAAAGAUGCAAAAGAAGGCUCCGGGACUGAUUGUUUUGUAGGUGAUGCACUAAACAGUGACAGAGUCACAUUUAAUAAAUCCAGUAAUACUGGCAAUGACCAGAAGGAACACUGCAGCAUCCCUUCAAGAGACGAUCAAAGAUCACACAGCCUGAACUCACUGACUCAUGGAGAGCAACAUAAAAAUGAACAGAAUAUGCACUCAGAUAAAGAAAUGGAACCAAGUCCAAAUCUUCCAUUAGUAAAAUCAGUUUCUUACAAUGAAAUAAAGUACGGCCAAGGGCAAGUACAUUAUCCACUCCCUGAUUUUUCUAAAGUUGCUCCAAAAGUGAAAAUCCCUAAAUCAAACAGUACUACAAAGCACCCUAGAAUUAAAAAAGCCAAUUCCUCACCCAGCCUUUUAACUAGAUCAGUAGUUUCACAAACUGGAACUGCAGAUGUGGUAAGAGAGAUUUUAGAAUCCAUGCAACAGCCCGAGGAUUUUUUUGAUGCUGGACAAAUAAUGGCUGAGUUAACAGCAGAACUGGAAUUUAAUCACCAUUUGAAGGAAUCUGGAGGUGUGGAUGUUUAUAAUCAGAAUCAUGCCUCUCCCCAUGGAAUAAUUCCUUUGUCUUCUGAUGUGUCUACAUUGGCAUCACAACCAGCAGUAUUGCAAGCAGUUCACACCAAAGGUCUAGAAUCAACAAAAGGAGAGAAAAUGACUUUAAUGUUAUCAGAGGAGACAGAACAAUUCAAAAUUCAGUUGGAAAAGUUUAAGGAGUGCCUCAUUUCAGAGUCUUUAUCUAUUCAGGAUCAACAAAAGGUACUGAAGACAAUGACAGAUUGCUUAGAUAAGCUUGAGAGGAAUUACAGGGCAGCAAAGGAGGAUCAUCGCAGAUUGCAGCUUCAAAAUUUCAUGGGCAAAUCUACAACAAUCGGAGAAUUUGAUUUGGAAAGGCAGGUUGAAGGCCAGAUAUUCAAGUUAGGAAUGGAUCUCGAAACCAUAAAGGAAAUGAUCAAUGAAAAUGUCCAUAAACACAUUAGACAAGUAGAGUGCAUGCAGCCAGCUUCAAAAGUGCCUCCUUCCUCUCCUGCAGUAUUCCAGACAUCAACUGUGGAGAGAUCCAGUGGUGAUAUCAUGUCUGCAAAGGUUCUGGAAUAG